AUGUUCCAUCAGUAUAACAGGACGUUUGGUGAUUUACGUGCUACUGUUCAAUGCGUAUCAUUCCUGUCGGUUGUGGAAGCGAAGUUCACUGUUCGCUCUGAUUAUUACGGAAGAAGCACGGAGUUUGAAGAACUGACAGUUAGUUAUAAAUAUAAGAGUGAAAAACUGGAGGACUGUGAAAAGGCAUUGGAGGAGCUUGGUGGCCAUCUCUAUGAGUCGAAACUCAAGGUUGUGGAAUUGAAAGAGGAACUUCUGCCACUAUCCGAAGCGGAAUGGGAGAAAGAUGCUAACGUGGCCAACUGCAAAGGAUGUAAUCUGCAGUUUAGCAUGAGCAAGCGAAAACACCAUUGCAGGAAUUGUGGCUCCAUAUUCUGCAAUUCAUGUACGGAUGCACGAGUCAAGCUACCUUCAAAUGCGAAGCCAGUACGAGUAUGCUUACACUGCUACAAUCUCUUGCGUUCCCGGCACAACUCGACACUGGAAGAAAACCCCACAUAA